GUCGCGUUUUUUAACAGAAAUUCGAUUACGUUUCUAUCGAUAUAAAAUUUUUGUAAAUUGACGAAUCUACAGGCCACGUUAGGAACAGAUAAUGAAAGGAAUUAAUUUUCGCUAGAAUCAAGAAUAUUUCGAAGUUUCCAGUUCCAGAACGAGGACGAGAUGGAGCGUAAAACUUACGGGACGAGGAGUGGUGCCAUCUUAUGUCUUGAAACCUCGAUUUCGGGUUGCUCGUUUCGAACUUACCGACGAGAAAUCCAUAGAACUGAGGAUGUCUAUACAAAAUACCGGGUCGUGUCCAUUGAUUUUCCGACUUUCGUUGAUGGAUGUGCUCGAAGGCGACAUCCCACGCCCACGAGAUAAAUCUCCACAAAGAUCCUCCAUAAAGAGGAGGAAAGGAAAAGCUGAGAGUGGAAAAUCGGCGAAGGCGGAGUUUGACGACAAUCUGUUACCGAACGAGGAAUUGGCGAUAUUCGGCGGAAACCUCAAACGAUCCGAGGAUCGUAGCAGUUUCUCCUUUUGGAAUGUCGACGAGAACAUGCAGUUACUGGUCCUCGAAAGGAAGACGGUGGAAUUCGGUGUACGAUUUCAACGUGUUAGCGAGGGAAAGGAUUCAGGCGCGAAAGAAAGCACGAAAGCAACGCCAAGAGUGAAGAAAAAGGCCAACGCGAAGAAAAAUGCGGACAAGCAGAAAGAAACGAACUAUUGCCACGUGGCGAUAGUGAAGCUUACGCUGGGAAGCUCCACAUUGCUCGAUUUUAUAAUAGUAUGUUCGAUGAGCUAGAAAGUUGCUCAUUUUUUAUUUCAACAGACGCGAGCUUUGAAUCGAAUAGUUCGAAGAUCGCAGAAGCUGGCGUAUUAAUCGCCCGUAUUCUCGUAGAAAUUACUCGGAGAAUUUAUCGGUGCAUUUUUCUACGCGGUUCCCUACUCGAUUAUCGAUUGCUCGUUCUUCAUAUGUGCAAACGCAUGAUCACCUUCGAUUACCCUUCAAAUAUUCACGAACAUGUGCAGAAUAUUAUGAAUAUCGUUGCUUGAGAGAAGAUGAAAAAUUCAAAAGUCAUAUAAAUUGCAUUCUGAUCAUUCUUUCACAGACAUUUAAAAAAUUCAGGAACGCUUCAAGGGACACCUUAAAGAAUAAUUCAUACACUCUGUAAGAAGUAAGUAAGUAAGUUUCUCAGUGUUCUUGAAUUUCCUAAGAUAUUACCUUUUUUUCAGUUCUUUGAAGUUCCAUGAUUUUAUGAGUCUUCGUUGUCCCCUCAGCUUUCUUAACUUGUCACGUUUUUCAAGUGUUUGCAAUUGCCUGUACGUUUCACUUUGCGCGUCCAUUUUCCUACUUUUUCCCUCGUUUCACAUCUACUACUUCCAUUCUCUUCGCAUUGCUGAUUCCCCAUUUCCCACUUUCAUUUCCCUAGCUUGCCUAAUUUUCUGUUUCUUCUCUUCCAUUCCCACUGGCUCCUUCUAUUUCUUUAUUUCUCACUUUUUACUUUCCUUCGUUCUCUACGUACCCAUUCGUAACUUGUCCUGUCCGUCCAAUCCUAAAAACCUUUUGAAAGUUGCCAAACUCUUCUACUUCUCCAACUCUCAUUCCUUCGCUUUAAUCCUACAUUUUACAAUUGAAACAAGAAUAAUUCACAGUUCGAAGAAUCAUCGAAGAUUUAAAAAUAUUAUUUUUAUUGGCAGUGCGCAACCCUUCGGCACAAUAAUUCGCAAUGAAACCCCGUGUUAGAUAUAUCUUGCACAGUUUAUUCGAAUAUUUACAUGCAAACGCAGGCGUAAAAAAUCGAUACAAUUUUAUGGACGUCCUCCUAUAAAAUUAAACACGAAGAAAAAUCAUUUACAUACAAUCGCACUUCCUAUCUGAUCCAGUAGUCCGGUGCAUGACUCUGCAAGACAAUUUUGUCAAGCUUUCCAUGGAUAAAAUAUAACACCGCGAUGACAUAGAGUCGCGUAUGAAUUAUACUACCCGUUAUUUCCAUGUACACGACACGCUUUUCGCUCCAACAAUGAUUAACACGCACAUAUAU